AUGCACAGCAGCGAUCUAUUCACCAAUGUAGAGUGCCGCAUAGUAGCGGCAUUUGUUGACCUCCUCGGUGUGCUGCUGGUGCCACCUCUACUCGCGGCCCAAGGGAGUAUGGGUUGGGAAGUGAGGAAAGGCACUGGAGAGUAUGGAUGUCGAAUUCUGCGCUUCCUCACUAUUCUGUAUUCUUCUGCCGCUACUCCUUCGAAAACUGAGAACUCGCGUAAAUUUAUGAGAAAAUGGCAAAAAUCUGGCCCUUCACAGGAGAAAAUUGAGAGAAUUGUUAGACCUGACGGGAAGGAUGGUUCAUGUCAAGCCUGUGGGAGAGAUGACAAUCUUUUGAGCUGUGAAACAUGUUCUUAUGCCUACCAUCCCAAGUGUUUACUCCCACCACUGAAAGCUCUUUUUCCUAAUGACUGGAGAUGCCCUGAAUGUGUUAGCCCUCUUAAUGAUAUUGAAAAAAUACUCGACUGUGAGAGGCGUCCUACAGCUGCAGAGGAUGGUGAUGCUUCCAAAUUGGGCUCCAAGCAAGUUUUUGUGAAACAAUAUCUAGUGAAAUGGAAGGGCUUGUCCUACCUCCACUGCACAUGGGUGCCAGAGAAGGAAUUCCUUAAGGCAUACAAGACAAAUCCCCGUUUAAAAACAAAAGUUAACAACUUUAACCGUCAAUUUUCCUCCUUAAAUAAUUCUGAGGAUGAACAUGUUGCAAUACGCCUGGAGUGGACCACUGUUGAUCGAAUCCUCGCUUGCAGAGGAGUGGAAGGGGAAAAAGAAUAUCUUGUGAAGUGGAAGGAGCUUGCAUAUGAUGAAUGCUACUGGGAGUUGGAGUCAGACAUUGCAUCCUUCGAGAAAGAGAUUGAUAAAUUUAAGAAAAUUCAGUCUCGAUCUGAUAAAAUAGCUAAUGCAAAGCAGAAGAGCAGCCUCAAUGAUGCUACAGAGUCAAAGAAGAAACUGAAAGAGUUUCAACAAUAUGACCGCAGCCCUGAUUUUCUUUCUGGAGGUUCAUUGCAUCCAUAUCAGCUCGAAGGGUUGAACUUCCUACGUUUUGCUUGGUCCAAACAAACUCACGUUAUACUUGCAGAUGAGAUGGGACUUGGCAAAACAAUACAAAGUAUUGCCUUUUUGGCAUCCCUGUUUGAGGAAAGUAUCUCUCCUCAUCUUGUAGUUGCUCCACUUUCAACUUUGAGGAACUGGGAACGUGAAUUUUCCAUUUGGGCUCCUCAAAUGAAUGUUGUGAUGUAUGUUGGCUCUGCCCAAGCUCGUGGUAUGAUCAGGGAAUAUGAAUUCUACUAUCCUAAAAAUCAGAAAAAGAGUAAGAAGAAGAAAUCCAGUCAAGCUGUUAACGACAGCAAACAAGAUAGAAUAAAAUUUGAUGUCCUCCUGACAUCAUAUGAAAUGAUUAAUAUGGAUUCAGCAUCACUGAAACCUAUCAAGUGGGAGUGCAUGAUAGUUGAUGAAGGCCAUCGUCUUAAGAACAAGGAUUCGAAGUUGUUUUCUUCGUUGAAGCAGUACUCUACCAGACACCGUGUACUCUUGACUGGAACUCCACUUCAGAACAAUCUGGAUGAACUUUUCAUGCUUAUGCAUUUCCUUGAUGCUGGAAAGUUUGCAAGUUUAGAGGAAUUCCAGGAGGAGUUCAAGGAUAUCAAUCAAGAGGAACAGAUAUCCAGACUUCAUAAAAUGUUGGCGCCUCAUCUCCUUAGAAGAUUGAAGAAGGACGUUAUGAAAGAACUACCUCCUAAAAAGGAACUUAUCCUGCGUGUCGAAUUAAGUAGCAAACAGAAAGAAUAUUACAAAGCAAUUUUGACUCGUAACUAUCAGAUACUGACUCGCAAAGGUGGUGCCCAGAUUUCUCUCAUAAAUGUGGUCAUGGAACUGCGCAAGCUCUGUUGUCACCCCUUUAUGCUGGAAGGUGUUGAGCCCGAAGAUGCAAAUGAGUUUAACAAACAACUGUUGGACUCCUCGGGAAAAUUGCAACUGUUAGAUAAGAUGAUGGUCAAACUUAAAGAGCAAGGCCACAGAGUUCUGAUAUAUUCACAAUUUCAGCAUAUGUUGGACUUAUUAGAAGACUACUGUAACCAUAAGAAAUGGCAAUAUGAGAGGAUUGAUGGAAAAGUUGGUGGAUCAGAAAGACAAAUUCGAAUAGAUAGGUUUAAUGCAAAGAAUUCAUCCAGAUUCUGUUUUCUGCUGUCAACUAGAGCUGGGGGUUUAGGAAUAAACCUUGCCACUGCUGACACAGUAAUUAUCUAUGACAGUGAUUGGAAUCCCCACGCUGAUUUACAGGCUAUGGCCAGAGCUCAUCGACUUGGGCAGACGAAUAAGGUAAUGAUUUUCAGACUUGUAACACGAGGAACCAUUGAAGAACGGAUGAUGCAGUUGACUAAGAAGAAAAUGGUUUUGGAACACCUCGUUGUUGGGAGGCUCAAGGCACAAAACAUUAAUCAGGAAGAACUGGAUGACAUCAUAAGGUAUGGCUCAAAGGAGUUAUUUGCUGAUGAUAAUGACGAGUCAGGAAAAUCCCGACAAAUUCACUAUGAUGAUACUGCAAUUGAUAGAUUACUUAACCGAGAUCAAGUUGGAGAUGAGGAGGCUACAUUGGACGAUGAAGAAGAGGAUGGAUUUUUGAAGGCCUUCAAGGUAGCAAAUUUUGAGUAUGUUGAUGAAGCUGAAGUGGCAGCAGAAGAGGAAGCAUCCGUUGCACCAACGGAGAGUAAAGUCUCAACAAACAAUUCUGAGAAAGCAAACUACUGGGAGGAAUUGUUACGAGACAAAUAUGAAGUGCAGAAAGUUGAAGAAUUUAAUGCUAUGGGCAAGGGAAAGAGAAGCCGUAAACAGAUGGUAUCUGUUGAAGAAGAUGACCUUGCUGGUAUGGAAGAUGCAAGUUCUGAUGCGGAAGAUGAUAACUAUGAAGCUGAGUUGACUGAUGGCGAGACAGCUUCAACUGGAGCUGCAGCUGUGAGAAAACCUUACAGAAAGAGAUUCCGUGCGGACACUUCUGAACCACUUCCUUUGAUGGAAGGUGAAGGGAAAUCCUUUAGAGUACUUGGGUUUAAUCAAAAUCAAAGGGCUACAUUUGUCCAAAAUAUGAUGAGGUUUGGGGUUGGGGAAUAUGACUGGGCAGAGUUCGUACCACGUCUAAAGCAGAAGAGUUAUGAAGAGAUCAGAGAUUAUGGGAGGCUUUUCUUGUCACACAUAGCUGAAGACAUAACCGACUCACCAACAUUUUCAGAUGGUGUUCCCAAAGAGGGACUGAGAAUACAGGAUGUGCUUGUUAGGAUAGCAAUCUUAAUGCUUAUCAGGGACAAAGUGAAGUCUUCACAAGAGGUAGGUUCGGCCCUUUUUGCGGAUGACCUUGUAUCUCGUUUCCCUGGAAUGAAAAUUGGAAAACUUUGGAAGGAGGAGCAUGACCGGAUUCUUCUUCGAGCAGUAUUGAAACAUGGUUAUGGAAGAUGGCAAGCAAUUGUUGAUGACAAGGAAUUGAGAAUCCAGGAAGUGAUUUGUCAAGUACUGAACCUUCCCUUUAUAAACUUACCUGCCCCUGGGGAUCUUCAAGCCCAAAUUAAUGCCUCAGGAGCUCCACAAAUGCAAUCUUCUUCAGCGAUUCCUCAAACACAGGUUUCUGCAUCAGGAGUUUCUCAAGCACAAGAUCCUUCUCCAGGAUUCUUUCAAGCACAAAACGUUGUGAAAACGGCACAAGCUGGAACAUCUGGAAAUCAGGUGAAAGGAACAAAUGGUGAGAACGAUCAGGGGGCAGAUGUUGCACAGGGAAUAACUAAUUCUGCAACCCAAUCACAACCUGUCCAAGAUCAUUCUGUACUAUACAGUUUCAGAGAGAUGCAGAGGAGACAGGUUGAGUUUAUUAAGAAAAGGGUGCUGCUUUUGGAAAAAGUACUUAAUGCAGAAUACCAGAAAGAAUAUUUUGGUGACAGGAUACCAAGCGAGAUGCCAAAUGAUGAGACUGGACACAAUGUUACACAUGUAACAAAUCCUAGUUUUGUGGAAUCAGAUGACCAAAUGAUUGACCAUUUGCCUGGAGCUGAAAUUAUUUUUCCAGAUGAAGUGUCGAAAGUUGCUUGUGACAGCAAAUCAGACCGCUUGGGUAUGGUUCGGCUCUACAAUGAGAUGUGCAAGGUACUUACAGAAAAUGCCCAAGAUUCAGUAGCAGCACAUAUAGCUAACAAACCGGCAAGCUUGAAUUUGAGAAGAAAUCUUGCUCCACUAGAAGCAUUUAAUCAAGAGAUAAACCAUAUACUUUCAACAGCAUCUACAGAAGAUGAGAAGGCGAAAGUUGAAAUACCAAGUUCCUCGUGCAUUCCCCGAGCAGAUGAUUUUGUUCAUGGAGUUGAGGCAGAUACUGGGACGAAGCUAUCGGCUAUGGAUGUAGACCUUCCAACACAGAGUAAUCUGACAGAACUGGCUUGUGAUGUUCGUGAUGCAGAACCAUCUGCGGCUGAGAUUGGAAGUCCUUUGGAUUUAUCAAGUGGAAUUGCAGAUGUAGAAAUGGAGGCGAAGGACGAUGAUAAUCCUAAUCUUAAGACCAAUGUUGGGAUUGAUGGAAGCACAUAG